UAAAAGUCGGUCAGAAGAGAAAGCCCCUGGAAGAUGAUAUAAUAACUAUAUACAAUAAUUCUGUCAUGUUGUGAAGCCCUACUCGGAAUCGCUAGAACAGAACGGAGCACGAGAAAAUCAAUGGCGGUGACAAAACUAGCUCUACAACAGAGAGAUAUUUGAUGUAAGGGCAAGAUAUAACUUUGACUUACGAGAGAAGUGACACACAUGUUGACUGUCGGAGUGGAGCGCAGCGCUCGUCAGAGUGUGUAAUUUGCAUGUGAUUUGCAAGCUCUGUUAGUUCACGGCAUCAAAUUUCAUGUAUUGUUUGAAUUCAUGAAUCGUUUAAAAUGAUUUGAUGGAUGUAAAUUUGAACUGUCUAGUCUGAUUUUUCCAAUUUGACAGUACAUAAUCUUGACAUACGAUCGAGCAACAAUCCUAUACAAGUUCUUAACUAGAAUAUAAAAGAUACGUAUUUUUUUUUUUUUAUUCUUGGACAGCUUUGGGAGACGGUGUACCACCCCAGUAAGGCCAAUCACAGUGGAAUAUUUGACACAUGGAUUAUCUGAUAUUAACAGACGACAAUUACGUAUUGAAUUUGCAAGUUUAAAAAAGUUGAUUCUAACAUAGGAACUGUGAUAUGUGUCGACAGCAAUUUCACACGUGGAGUUUUUAAAGUAGCAUGCUUUAUUGUCGCGGGAAGUCUAACUGCAAUGUGUGUUUCUAAAAUGUCGUUUUGGGGAAGAAAUUUACAUACUUAAUUGGAAAUUGGAACAUGUACAAUCACAAACCCAUGGAACAUCAGGAUACGUCACGACGGUAUAUUUCCUAUUGAUCUGUACAGUAGUUUAAAAUUGUCUCAAGUCUCUCAUUGAUAUUAACGAAUUAAGAAGACGUCUAUAGGCUUUCUUCCUGAAGCAAUUCAUAAUAUACCAGAGACGUCGACGUGCAUGUCUAUUAUAUAUCGAGUACCACAAGGUUAAAUAUUAAAAUUUCUACUUAUUUCUGAGAGAAAUUGUUGAGGAUUCAAGGUUGGCGACACGAUGGAUUUUAAAAUGGAGCAUCCAUUGUCCCGGACAUUAUCCUCCCCACAUUUGAACGGGACCAUUCAACGUGCCCCCCAGAAAGUCAUGCUGAACCUGGCGAGGCGGUCCCCCUCCGAGCCCAGGAUGAGGAGGAUUGUGUUGGAGAGACAGCAGGUGAUGGCACACAAACACAUUGCCAUAGAAACCUGGCUGGAAGCUCUGGGUAUGAGGGACCAUUAUCGGAUCUUCUGCAAAUACAAAGGGGUGGAGGAUCUGCUGAAUUUUACGGAAGCAGAGAUAAAAGAUCUUGGUAUACAUAACCCAGCCCUGAGGGCAAAGGUCGUGUCCAGUCUACGUAUCCUCAAGGAAAAGCAUCAGCGAGGGUAUAAAGUGGUACCAGGUCUACACCGAAGCCUUAGCGCCACGGCACAGCAGUUAAAAGCAGAACAUCUACAGGUUCAAAGGUUACAAACGGUACCGACCUCACAGCAAGCACCCAGUUACCCCGACUACCAAGUUGUGAACGUCUCUGCAGAACGGCUAGAGCGUGAUCUUACAGCAGAGCUAAGAUCUGAUCCGUCCGAGCUUCAACAUUGGCCCUGGUAUCAUGGGAAUAUUUCUCGGCAACAUGCAGAGAAGAUAGUGACUCGUGACGGAGAUUUCAUUGUGAGAGACUGUAUAUCCCAGCCUGGAGAUUUUGUACUGACUACUGGUUGUCGUGGAGUACCAAUACACUUUGUAAUAAAUUCUCAAAUAACGGAAAGACCUAAUUCUAGAACACCAGAAAUAUCGUACUUUUUUGAGGAUGAGAAGUUUGCUUCAGUUCAGGAUUUGAUUGACUUUUACAUGUCCCACAGGAAAGGGGUCACAAAAGUAUCCGGAGCUGUGAUAAAAAAUCCCAUUGGUCGAACAAUGCCGCUGAGCUACUACGACUCCAAAUAUGGUAAUAAGGCAAGUCUGAUUGGUGCGGCAGACUAUGCUUAUACUCCCACACAGAGCCCCCAUAAUAGUCCGUACAAUAGCCCCAAAGUCAGUCCUCGGGGUAGUCCAAAGUCGCGACACAAACGGCCACUGCGCACAGGAAGUCAGCCAUUGUUGGACAUAGUGGACACGGUGGAACAGGAGAAUACAGUAAUGUCAAACAUAGAUCGGUGUGACAGUCUACCCAGCAUUCCAAACAAACUUGGGAGCACUUCAUUGACAAUGAAGAACUCUGUUUCAGCAUCAAGUUUACCUCCAUAUCAUGCAAGGUGUGGGAGUGAACCGGUACUGAUGGACCCAGGUCUUUUCAUUGUAAGUAAUCGGCAGGGACAGUACCUUCAAGUUUCACCUCCAAUGCAAAAACUCACCCCUGCCAUUUCUGACAGCAACCUCACCAAGCCUGCUCCUCCCAAACCUAGUCGUAUACCUUCCAUUAAAUAUAAAAAACGGCCCGUAAUCCAAGUACGAAAUCCCAACAUGUACGAAGAUGAUGGGCGGGACUAUUCAGAUUAUAGUCAGGUGAAGGAAGGACCUAGUUGGCUAGAACACAACAACUUGUCCAAUCAAACAAGAGGAUUUCCUGUGGACCAAAAUGCCAAUUUAGCUGGAGAUUCCCAUAUGAGUGAUUAUGACAAUAAUUAUAACUCCAAGAAAAUUCCAUACAAUAUGAAUCAAAAUCAGGAAACCGUGCCAAACGGAAACUUGAAUAACACUGACAGCCAAAGGUCAAGGUUAACUUCUGAUACAAAAUUUUCAUAUUUAGACAAUCGCGACUAUGCCACGGUUCCAGAUACUCCAACCAAUAAAACUCCGACCAAUAAGACAAGUGGUAACAAUUUUGAAGAUAUCUCUAGUUCUGACAUGCUCAAUAGGUCUAAAGGUAGAACAAUCUCUAUACCCACUGAUAAUGUUGGAUCAACGUUAAACAUCCCGAAGUAUUCCAGUGAUAUUUUGCCAGAAGAAAAUAAACCUUUGGAAACAUCAACAUUAGUGACUGUGAAAAGCUUGCUACUUUCAACAGAUGCGAGAAUAUUAGCAUUACACAUGACAAAGAUUGACCUUGAGAGCCUUAAGGUUAUUACUGACUGUGAUCUAGGGGUAGGAGUGGAAUCGGGACUGGAGCUGAUCACACUUCCUCAAGGGAAACAACUGCGACAGGACACAAUUGAAAGGUGUUACUGUUUGAAAUUGUUCACGAGGACGACAAUUUUGACGUGUCAGAAAGUUACGGACCGUGCCAAGAUGCUCAGUCAGUGGAUAGAGAUUGCUCUCCAGCUGAGGGUCACUCUAGGAAACUUGUUUGCUUUCUCUGCUGUGAUGGAAGGACUGGCCAGUACCCAGAUCCAGAGGCUGAGGGAUACAUGGAUGGUGUUGAGACAGAAUCAUACGUCCAGUGCCUUCAUCUUCGACACUAAACACAAGGCAGCUCUCAAGUCGCUCAACGACGGCAGUGGCCUACUCCCCCUCCAGAAUGUCACCAUACCGGAUAUCAGUUCUCUUGUGGUGCUGCUAGAACGGGACGAUGAAUCUCUGCUAGAUUAUCUCCCUUGGGAGAAUGCAGAUCCAAACUCAGGUUUGGAUAUUUUGUUGACACAUCUUGACACAGCGCGUCUGAUCACGGCCCAAGCUGGACUGUACAGUGUCACAGGGCAGGCAUUGCUCAACACAUUUACCCCAGAUACUGAACUACUGGAUGUGUUUCGCACAGAGUUCCAAAUGAAACUACUAUGGGGCUCCAAAGGGGCAAGUGUGGAACGGACAUUAAGGCUCAAUAAAUUUGAACAAUUGUUGGCGGUCUUGUCUAAUCGAGCAGAGCCCCCUGGUGAUGACGGCACGGAGGUGUGAUAGAAAUGUGUGCUAGUGAUUGAAAGAUGUGUGUUGUGUGGAUUGAUUUUCAUGGGUGAAUGUCUGGGAAAAACUUUCCUGAAUUCAAAUUUUACCAAGGAAAAAUAGCUUGGAUGGUAGGAGUCUGUUUUGAGGGUCCCUAGUAACAGGGAUCGGUCUAAUGUGUGAUUUUAAGUGAGUGGUGAGUGUAUUAUCAGUAUUUUUAUGAAGUCUUCCGGAGUCUGUUUAUUCCUAAAACUGGUGCUGGGUCACCA